AUGGAAUCUGAAAAACAUAAGAAAAUGUCUAAAGCAGUGUCUUCCAAUAGUAAGAUGAAUACAUUUUUCAAACCAACGCUAAAUAUUAUUCCGGAAAGAAAAGCCGCUGCAGAAGCUACGUUGACUUACCAUACUUUAAGACAUCACCAGUCGUAUAAGUCUAUGGAUUGCACAGGAUUAUUGAGGAAAUUAUUUUCUGACUCAGAGGUGGGAAAGACGAUAACCUGCGCCCGGUCAAAAACCGAAGUAUUUGUUAACAAUGUUAUUUCCCCCCAUGUAAUGGAAGGUCUUGUGGAAACAUUGAAAUCUGAUUCAGUAUUAUAUUUUGGUCUAUCAACUGAUGCCAGCAAUCACGGAGCUCAAAAAAUGUUUCCAAUAGUAAUACAAUAUUUUGAUUAUAGAAUUUUAGAACUCGAUGUAUUGCCAAACGAAACUGCCGAAACAAUCACGCAAUAUAUUGUUAACACCUUGAAAAAACACGGAAUUGAACAAAAAUUAGUUUCUUUUACUGCUGAUAAUGCCAACGUCAAUUUUGGUGGCAUUAAUAGGCCAACAGGCGGACAAAACGUUUUUGUAUUAUUGAAACAAGAACUCCAAAAGCAAAUUGUAGGCGUUGGAUGUCCUGCCCAUAUACUGCAUAAUUGUAUUAGACACGGUGCAGACAAAUUGGAAAUAGACAUCAGUUCGCGGUGA